AUGAGUACAUUUCCGGGCUACAUACCCGAGUUGCCCGGUAUCGCGAUCGAUCGCUUUGACCAGACGCUACGUGACCGGGCGAACGUGUUCUUUUUGUCGCACGGCCAUCUCGAUCAUAUGUACGGGUUGGUACCGAACGAUCCACUGCCCGGUACGCUGUAUGUGAGCCCACAUACGGCGGUUAUUGUUGGGCACCGGUAUCCAAACCAGCCCGUGUACCGUAUGCCGAUCCGGGAACGGUUAAGCCUGUGUAUCGUGCCUCCGACCGGUGAGGAACGGUACGAGCUGUGCAUACGCACUGUACCCGCGGAACACUGCCCGGGUUCGGUAAUGUUUUACUUCGAGACGCAAACCGUCCGGGUGCUGUAUACGGGCGAUUUUCGGCUGUCGGCGGAAAGUCUUGCCGUUAUCGAGCGGGACCGGAUACGGCCGAACAUCGUUUACCUUGACAGUACCUUUCUCGAUUGGGAGUAUAAGUAUUUUCCAACGCGGCAAGAAAGUAUGAGCCUGAUAAUAAUGCGCUGCUCGCAGUGGUUGGAAGCUGAUCGUCGGAAUAUCGUCGUGCUGUGGUUGCCAGCACUUUACGGAUCGGAGGAACUGUUGCACCAGCUUUACGUAUGCCUGCGCCAGCGUAUACACGUGUGCGCGGCCCAGCGUGCGACGUAUCAGCAUUUCGCACAACUGCAGGAUGCGUUUACGGAUGAUGCGCACGGUGCACGGAUACAUGCCUGCAGCGGUAAAACGGUUCAGGGCGUGAUAGUGUGCCGGGGGAGUGACGAUACUGACAACUAUGCACUGAUGAUCCGGCCAUCUGCUCGCCGAUGGCGUUUUCUGAAUCCCGGUCAACCAUUCUGGAUGGAGAGCAAGAAGCAGCUGUACGUUUGCUACUCGUCGCAUGCCAGCAGCUCGGAGUUGGUAGAAUUUAUACGCAAACUCCAACCGGAAGCACGUGACAUCCGGUUUAGUGUGGUAGGGGAUGAGAUUGACCGCAAGUGCAAGGAAAAAUAUCUUGCGUCGCUGUUAGCAACACCCGUGGAAGGUGCGAUCGAGGGGAAAGAAAUGUCCGAGGUUGAAGAAACUCUAUCCUUGCCGCAAAAUGCAUUUAGCACCGGUACCGGUAGCAAACGGUACGCCGGGACGACCGACCAGAAGAUGGAUUGGGAUGAGAGCGAGGAGGAAAGCGAUCAUGCAAACGACACCCUACCACCAUGCAAAAUGGCCAAACGAUGUUAA